CAAAAUCAAAAGUACUUGAUGACAGUGAAGAUGACGAUCCUUCUAAUGAGUCUUUCGUUGCUUAUGGAACUGAACUUCCUGACGUGACCACUUCUGGUGAAAAGGAUAAAGGGAAAUUUCAACCGGUCUGGAAACAAGAAGUUCGCGAUGAACAAGGCCUACGACGUUUUCAUGGUGCCUUUAAAGGCGGUUGGUCUGCUGGCUAUUUUAAUACCGUUGGAUCUAAAGAAG